AUGGACCGGCUCAGGAGUCGCCGAGAUGCACGUGCUCUGGCCACUCUGCCUGGCCAAAGUCGGGGUCAUGCUUCGCAUGAACGCAUCCAAGACACGAAACUAAACCCAGCGCGAGAGCACACCACAGGCGUCACACUGACCCAGAUCCAUCCUCUCCCUGGCGUGGACGUCGAAACCGAUAUCGACAUCAUUGCAAUCCAUGGCCUCGAUACGGGGUCGCCAGGUACAUGGACUUGGAAGUUCAACAGACCGGACCGCCAUGAUGUGAACUGGCUGGCCGACAAAGACAUGCUCCCGAGCAGAGUCGGACAAGCUCGCAUCUUGACAUGCGACUGGCCAGCUGAGCUGUUUGAGCGGUCCGACCUUAUCCAAAAGAGAAUCGAGGAGUUGGCUCGGCUGUUGCUAGAUGGCAUUCGAAGACGGCCCUCGGCAACGAACACCUCGUCAAAAAGGGGCGGCCGGCCCAUCGUAUUUAUCGCGUCAUGCCUUGGCGGCAUCAUUCUAAUGAAGGCCCUCGUCAUGGCCCAAUACGAAUCCUGUUCCAUCGGGGGUUCCUCCGGGAGUGACACUCACGCUAUAAUUUUUCUUGCGACGCCCUUCAGAGGCACUUCGUUCCAAGAUGUUGCCAACUGGGCCGAGCCUGGUCUGAAGGCCUGGGCUUGGAUCAGAGGUCAAAAAGUGACCCGGAGGCUCGAUGAUGUGAAAGGACCGACCUUCGAUUUAGUCAAACUCGUAGGCGACUUCACUCGCCUGUGUCGAGAGGAUAGUCUCGACCGAGUAAUGACGUUUUACGAAUUAGGCAACACGAAUCUCUACCAUAAAGUAUUUCCAUGCCUUUUAGUCGGGUCAAAGCGGCUGGUCGAUGAGUCCUCCGCAAUCCUUGACAUUGUUCCCAACCCUUUGCCUCUUGAUCGUCCUCACCUAACGAUGAAUAAGUUCCAUGGAACAGACGACCCAGAGUAUCAAAAAGUCGCGGGGAAACUUGAGGAAUUUCUUCAUGGGAUUCGCGAGGGGACGGUGCUCAACAUAGCGGAUGCCUGGAUCCGAAACCAAUGCUACGCUGCGGACAGGCUUCAGAUUCGCCGACUUUCAGAGGAAGAGUUGCCGAUGGAGCAGUGCUACAUCAACCUCGCCAUCAUCGAGCAGCAGUGUGGUCGAGUCUCUAGCGGCUCGGGAUAUGGGUCAAAUGGAGCAUAUUCGACGAGCCAGUCCUACCCGUUUUCGAUGAUCAGUCGUCAGAAGGUUCAGACGCCAGACAAGUCGAUCCAGGUUGAGUUGAAGACAUUAUUCGACCAACGCGGAAGAGGCGAUCAUGGUGUGAUAAAACCCCGACGAAUACUAAUUAGAGGACGUGCGGGAGUUGGAAAGACUACCUUGUGCAAAAAGAUGGUCUAUGACUUUAUUCAACAAACGUCGUUGCACGACUUAUGGACGCAGUGGUUCGACCGCUUGCUCUGGGUGCCUUUACGAAAUCUACAAAGGCGGCCGGGUCAGGGAUACAACCUAAGUCUUUUGUUUCGCGACGAAUAUUUCCGUCAUCACCUAGGCAUGGGCGGUCUUACUCGGGAGGAUCUUGCUGCAGAGCUGAGCCGAAAAGUGGAUGAUUCUAAGAGUGAGAGAACUCUAUUUGUCCUUGAUGGCUUGGAUGAAGUAUCUCAGCUCCUGGCCUCCAGCAACGAGAUGUCCGAUUUUCUCAAGAUGCUUUUGAAUAAGCCUAACGUCAUCGUUACAUCCCGACCCAACGCGAGUCUUCCAGCUAUUAGGACCUUUGAUCUCGAAUUAGAAACAAUCGGAUUUUACCCCGACCAAGUGAGAGAGUAUAUCGAGAAAUCAUUUGUCGACCCAGAUACAAAGACUACAGACCUAAAUAAGCUCAAAAGCUUUCAGUCUUUCCUUCAAAACCAUCAGCUUAUCCAAGAUCUUGUGCGCAUCCCAAUUUUACUAGAUGCGCUUUGUUACACCUGGAACGACCACAAACCCGGAAAUAUACCUGAUACUAUGACUGGUAUUUAUAGAUUGAUUGAGCUAAAAUUAUGGAAGAAGGAUAUCUUGCGAUUAGAGAAACGACACGACGGCGCUCAGUUAUUCAGCUUCAACUUGGAGACGGCGCCCAGACCAACUAUUAAAAGUUUCGUUAAGGAAGAGAUGGAUUUCCUUGAGAGCCUUGCUUUUACUGGAUUAUAUGAUAAUACAGUAGACUUUUCGUUGGAACAAAUACAUGGCAUAUCGCAUUACUUCACCCCGGGUUUAUUACCUGACAAGACCUUGCCAUCCCUCUCCUUCCUACGAACGUCCGAAGCCUCAUCAGAUUAUCGCAAUCAAAAUUACCACUUUAUACAUCAAACUUAUCAAGAAUACUUUGCAGCACGAUAUUUUGUGCGCCAGUGGAGCAAUCCGGAGGGACGCCUUGUGCUUUUUGCACAAAAUGGUGGAGAGCGCGAGAUGAAGCUGAGCAAGCCCGUCGAAUUUCUUCAGGAACAUAAAUAUGCAGCGGGCUAUAACAUUUUUUGGCGCUUUGUUGCUGGCUUACUCGAUGCCGAAAGUGGAGUUAAAGAGACGCUGCGCUUCUUCCGGACGAUCGAACAGGAGCCGUUCGACCUUUUGGGUCCUACGCACCAACGACUGGUUAUGCAUUGCUUGAGCGAAGUAUCAAAUGAGCUACAGAUUAGAAAGGACUUAUUGGCAAGACUAACGCAGUGGUUUCUGUUCGAAGUCUACCUGACAAAUCUCUACGCUAGACCAACUUUACUACAAGAACCAGAGUGUCCAGACGAAGCCAUACUUGCAGCCUUGGAACUCGUUUCCGACAGCGGAAGGGAAAAUAUUCUGCGCGCAGUACAUAAAUACCUGCCGCAUACGACUAUCACAGCCCUAAUAGCGCUGCUCAAGGAUGAGCACGAGACCCGAUUCCCGGCAGCUGCAGUCUUGAAGGACCAAUCCAAUCUAUCAGACCAAGCUAUCGUGAGCCUGCUAGCGCUUCUCGAGCACGAAAAAGAGGAGGUUCAAUUUGCCGCAGCUGAGGUCUUGAGGAUCCAGUCUGAUCUAUCAGACACAGCUAUCGCAAGCCUAUCAGCGCUGCUUGAGCACGAACAAGACACGACUCGAACCGCGGCAGCUGAAGCCUUAAGGAGCCAAUCCCAUCUAUCAGACACAGCUAUCGUAAGCCUAUUAGCGCUGCUUGAGCACGGGCAAGACACGACUCAAACUGCGGCAGCUGAGGUCUUAAAGAGCCAAUCCCAUCUAUCAGACAUAACUAUCGCAAGCCUAUUGGCGCUGCUUGAGCACAAGAAAGACACGACUCGGUCCGCGGCAGCUAAAACCUUAAAGAGCCAAUGGAAACUAUCAGACGCAGCUAUCGGAAGCCUAUCAGCGCUGCUUGAGCACGAAGAGGAGAACGUCCGAUUCGCGGCAGCUAAAGCCUUGCCUCGGAGGGCUCCAGCUACUAUGAUUAUAAGCCUAAUAGUGCGGCUUAGGCAUAAAGAGCAGCGGGUCCGAUCUGUGGCAGCUAAAGCCUUAGGCACAUGCACCCAGCGUCGUUACUUAAAGACAGUCGUCGAGCCCCUCGAAACUCUGCUCCAAUCCCAAGAUUAUAAUGAUAAAAUGGCUGCAGUCGAAGCCCUUCACCUCUCGUAUGGUCUAUCAGACGCGACUAUCGUAAGCCUCAUAGCGCUGCUCAAGGACGAAUCGUUACCAGCCCAAUCCGUGGCAGCUAAAGCCUUAAAGAGCCAAUCCCAUCUAUCAGACACAGCUAUCGUAAGCCUAUUAGCGCUUCUCGAGCACGAACGGGAGGAGAUUCGCUCCGUGGCGGUUGAAGUCUUGUCUCGGCAGGCUCUACCAGACGCGGCUAUCAAGACCCUCACAGUACUGCUACAAUCUAAUGAUGGUGUUCUUCGAGCUGCCGCAGCUAAAAUCUUGACCUCCCAAAAAGACUUACCAGACGCGGUUAUCGAGUCUCUCUUAAUGCUGCUCCAAUCUGAGAAUUAUGGUGCUAAAACUGACAUAGUCCGUGCCUGGUGCUUCCGGGCCUCGCGCCUCCAGCGGAACAUACCACAUGUGGAGAAUCUCAUGAAAGCCCAGUUUCGGAAAUUUGAUCCCUGGACUACCGCUGUCAUUCUCACAGCUUGGAAUAGCCAGCCAAAUUUGUCAAACGCCGCUAUCGAGUCUCUCAUAGCGCUUUUUCAAGCAAGGAAGCGGGAUGACCAGGCUUGGUUAGCUGAAUACAUGGGCUUGUGUCCGAACUUGAUGGACAAGAUGCUCAAGACGAUACUCAAGACUCUGGGCUUAUUGUUGGAGACCGAACUACCAGCUGAGCCCAUAAACAGCAUCUUUCGCAACUCCCAAUUUCUAAAAUUGGUAUACGGCAUUCUACUAUAUGAGAGUUUUCGAAGCCAUAAUAGUUUGUAUGUUCAAAGUGAUGGCGGCAGUAGCCGCUGCAUUUUCAAUCAACCUGCUGGACGCCGAAUAGCGUCUUUUGAAGAAAGCAGCGUGGCCGACGAGUUUCACAAGUUACUUAGCGAUUGUCAGAAAUAUUGGAAUGAACAUGGCUUCAAGCUAUGGGACAGGUUCGGGGUUGAUGCUAGCCAAUAA